UCACUGCAAAAGUAGACUUGCUAACGUAGAUUUCUCGCUGUUUGUCCCAGACGUUUGGUGUCGUUUCGCCAGUGAAAAUCUUACCGUUAUCGGUGGCAUUGGUGAGGACUAACGGUAGACUGUUGUUGUAGCCUAUGUACCGGGAAAAUACAUUCAGCACUUUGGAUAGUGUCUGUCAAUACCUGUGCUUUUCGUGGAUGUGUAAGUCGCUAGUGUGUAGUUAGCUGACAACAACCAAGCUAACGUUAGCCAGGGUGACAUGUUAAAUUCAUAUUAGGUUCUUGCUCAUUGUUCUGGUUAUAUCUGUUAUCAGUAACCAACAAGCAAAAUAUAGCUUAGUGAAGUAAGAGUUUAGAGUACAAUUUUGAAAAUGAGUGAAGAAGACAAAGAUACGGGGGAGUUACCCACCAGUGAUAUGGAAAGUAGGAAUUUGGUUACACCACUUGAACAAGAGAGCAUGUUUGAUGAGGAUGAGGAGAGCGAUAAUGUGGAAACAUCUGAUCCGAGAGACAGUGCCGCAAGCCCCGAAGAACUCAACGACGAUGAAUCGUUUGGCGAUAAUGAGAAUGUGUCGAAAAAGUGCACAUACAGUGGGUGCACGGAGACCACUACGCAGGUGGCUAAAGCAAGAAAGCCUUGGAUGUGCAAGAAACACCGUAACAAAAUGUACAAAGACAAGUACAAGAAAAAGAAGAGUGAUCAGGCAAUGUCAUCAGGAAAAUUAGACGAGAGCGGAGAGGACAGACCUGUAUCUGUCACGAAACAGCGUCUCGGGACGAUGGGUGACCGUCCGGCCAGACCAUCACUCAUCGAACAGGUUUUGAAUCAGAAAAGAUUGUCUCUGCUUCGGAGCCCGGAGGUCAUCAGUUUUCUCCAGCAGCAGCAGAGGCUCCUGACUUCCCAGGCACAUACCAAAACACAGUUGGACUAUUGACCGUGAUGGCAGGGCCGUGGUCUGUGGUAUGUCUCCACUCCUGCUUCCCCCAUGUCCCUCAUAAAUCUUCACAAUCGAUCUUCUCAAGAGGCCACAGAGGGAGUCCUGUUGAUAACACUCUUUGUUUAACCGAGAGUGAGUGGAAUACCUAGGACUGCCAUCUAUGUCACAUUGACAUGGCAUUAUCAUUUGAGGGUAUCGGGGGUGUACUGCACAAUGUGUAGUUUGUAUUAUCCUGUGUAAAGCAACCUGUGUGAAGACUGUUAUGUAGUUUCUCUCUUCUUUUUUUUUUUAAACUGUCCUUUUAACCGCAUCAUGAAGCUGCAUAUUUAUCAUGCAACAGUGGGUAUCAUUAUAGUUUGAUUUUAUGAAACAAAGAAAACAGAGCCAUCUGUGUGAUUUUGAAGUGAAAUAUAUAUUAAAAAGGGAGUCUUUAUUAUACAAUGGGUUUUUCUAGGAAUGUGUGCCUAUAGGUUCUCCUGGCAUUACUGGUGUGCACUGCAAGGGUGGCUCUCAUCUCAUUCUGGCCUAUUGAUUAUUGGUUGUCAUACUGCGCCAGUACAUUGGCCAGAGGUGCUAGGUGUCAAACCCUAAACUUUUUUUUAAAUAUCUGUAAUUAAUUUGAAAUACAUUUUGUUAUAUUACAUGUUACGUGUUGUACUAGGUUUACUGAAAUCAUGUUGUGGUGUGAUCUGUUAUAGACAUAUGCUCUGUAUGGUUUUGCUGUUAAAUGUGGGCAUGAGCUUGGGGGGAAAACAAAUGGAAAGCUGUUUCAUGAAUGUCUGUGGUUGGCAUCAUUCACUGGUAGCAACCUUUUUUAUUUGCUCCUGAUGGCAGCACCAUAAUGAUGAUAAGCUCAUGAGAUUGCAAAUGAAUAAAACAUGAACGUGAGUGUCA